AUGUUGAAGACUUUGAUUUGGAAGUCAUGUACAAAUCGUGCUCGAAUUACAAGGGUGUCAAAAAUUAAGAGAAUAUUUAGGUACUAUUCAACUCCAUCCAGUAAUACGAUAAGUAUAGAUGAUUUACCCCAAAUACAUCCAUUGCUUUUGAAAAGAGCCGAAUCAAUGAAGGAUGAAUUCAAAGUGCUAGAAGCUAAAAUAUCUGAAGGUUCCUUCGACCAAGAAACCAAUGUUAAGUUUUCGAAUAUUUCAGUGAUCUUAGAUAAUUAUCAUAAAUAUCAACAAGAAAUUGAAAAUCUUAAAUCUUUGUUAGAAAUCUUGCAUGAGGAGGAAGAUGCCGAGAUGGUUCACGAAGCAUCGAAUGAAUUAAAGGAUGUGAUCCCUAAAAUAUUCAAUUUUACAAAGUUAUUACAAAGCAGACUUUUACCACCAGUCACGCACAGUGACAGACCUGCCAUGUUGGAGUUAAGACCUGGUGUUGGAGGAUCUGAAGCUGCGUUGUUCACUGGUGAUCUAUUAAAUAUGUAUAUUAAUUUUGCCAAUAAUAUGAAAUGGAAAUGGUCUAUGAUACUGGAAAGUCAUGGUAAUAAUGGUAGUAUAAAUGAAGCGAUAAUAAGUAUCGACAAUCCAGGUGCAUAUAACGUAUUGAGACACGAAAGUGGUGUUCAUAGAGUACAAAGAAUCCCCAGUACUGAAACAAAAGGAAGAAUACAUACCUCAACUGCAGCUGUGGUGGUGUUGCCUAAGAUGUCCGAUGGUAAUGAAUCUUCCUUGAAGGAAGAUGAACGUCAAUUUCAACCUGGUGAGGUUAGAAUCGACACAAUGAGAGCAGGUGGAAAAGGUGGCCAGCAUGUCAACACCACUGACUCUGCGGUUCGUCUUACACAUAUUCCAACGGGAAUUCAAGUUCAACAACAAGAUGAAAGAUCUCAACCUAAAAAUAAGGCUAAAGCAUUUUCUAUCUUAAGAGCAAGAUUGGCUGCGCUAGAAAGAGAUAAAGAAAUAGCAGAACAAAGAAAGUUAAGGACAGAUCAGGUCACAACAACUGAUAGAUCCGACAAAAUCAGAACAUAUAACUACCCUCAAAAUAGAGUCACUGACCACAGAUGCGGCUUCUCGUUAUAUGAUAUUGCUGGUUGUAUGGGGGGAUAUAGACUUAACGAAAUUGUUGAAAACGUUGAGCAACAUGAAUUUGAAGAAAGACUCGAGGAUUUAAUUGCAAAAAGUAAAUCUUAA